AUGUUUACCCCCCGUGGUAAGGUCAAGAUAGACUUCAUACGCAGGCGGCCCCCUGCCGAUGAGGGGAUGGUACUCUUGACCGAGGUUAACCCGGAAGAUCCGCCUUUCCUUGAUCCAGGAAGACUCAUGGUGUGCAAAUUGAUAACCGCUGGCGGACCUCGAUUUUCAACUGGAGGUGAAAAGUUCUUCCACCACGGGAUCGAUGCCCUUCGGCUGGCACAGGUAGUCGAUCCGGGUACGGUGGCCUUGGAUUCGGAAGACGCUAUGUGGAUCUAUAGAUCGAGAGAUGAACUAAAGCACUAUACCACCAUGGCAUGGGAGCAGUGGGAGAGGUUUUUUCUAAGUCCCGCCACGAAACAUCUUUUUGGAGUCGAUACGUGA